GCGCCCACGGCUGUCAGGCGUGUCAGAGAAGCGCUCGAGCCUCUGUGAGAGUUGAGAGUGUGUGAGAGAGAGAGCGCGCUCUGUGCUUAGUGUUUCGCCGUCUGCGGGACCGGACACACUUGUGCGUGUGAGUUAGUGCGGGUCGGCGGUUCAGCGCGGUUCUUUCAUUUGUUUUGUCGCUUCUCUAAAAUGGGAUUCUGACAGCAGCCGGGCUGCGGGCGCCGCCGGCUCCUCCUGACCGGAAAAUGAAGCGUCUCUGUCGGAGGCUGGCGGUGGCCGUGGCGGUGCUGGUGUGGCUGGGGGCACUGGUUUACCUGCUGGUGCUGAGCCGGAGGAAGCUGCCGGAGCUCGGUACCGGCGGAGGAGGAGGUGGAGGAGUCGCGGGAGGCGGAGACACAGCGUACAACCAGAUCUCAGAUGCAGAAUGGGAGGACAUGUUGGAAGGUUUUGAUGAGCGGAGUUAUCUGGGUGCUCGACGCUGGAAGCCGGGCGACGACCCGUAUACCCUGUACGCCUUCAACCAGAGAGAGAGCGAACGCAUCCCCAGCAACCGCGCCCUGAGAGACACGCGAAACUACAGGUGCACCACUCUUCAUUACGACUCUGAUCUUCCUCCAACUUCCAUCAUCAUCACCUUCCACAACGAGGCCAGAUCCACCCUGCUGCGCACCAUCAGGAGCGUUCUGAACAGAACCCCAGUUCAUCUGAUCCGUGAGAUUAUUCUGGUGGAUGACUUCAGCGAUGACGAAAGUGACUGCCAGCUUCUCACCAAACUGCCAAAAGUCAAAUGUAUUCGCAACGUCAAAAGAGAAGGUCUGAUCAGGUCCAGAGUGCGGGGGGCCGAUGCUGCACGGGCCGGGGUCCUCACCUUCCUGGACAGCCACUGUGAGGUCAACAAGGACUGGCUGCCCCCCCUGCUGCAGAGGAUCAAACAGGACUCAACCCGUGUGGUCAGCCCGGUAAUCGACAUCAUCAACAUGGACACUUUUGCCUACGUGGCGGCCUCAGCUGAUCUCCGUGGAGGCUUUGAUUGGAGUCUCCAUUUUAAGUGGGAGCAGCUGUCGCCUGAACAGAGAGCUCGUCGGACUGACCCGACCCAGCCAAUCAAGACACCCAUCAUCGCGGGUGGGCUCUUUGUGAUUGACAGGUCCUGGUUCAAUCACCUCGGCAAGUACGACACAGCCAUGGACAUCUGGGGCGGGGAGAACUUUGAGAUCUCGUUCCGGGUGUGGCAGUGUGGCGGCAGUCUGGAGAUCCUCCCCUGCAGCAGAGUCGGUCACGUCUUCAGGAAGAAACAUCCGUAUGUUUUCCCCGAGGGCAAUGCCAACACAUACAUCAAGAACACACGUCGCACAGCUGAGGUGUGGAUGGACGACUUCCGCCUCUUCUACUACUCUGCUCGCCCUGCAGCACGGGGAAAAUCCUAUGGAGAUAUUCAAGGCAGAGUGGAACUCCGCAAGAAGCUCAAGUGCAAAUCCUUUAAGUGGUACUUGGACAACGUCUACCCAGAGCUUAAGGUCCCGGACGACUCCGACUCUCAGUCUGGGGUGAUCAGACAGCGGCAAAACUGUCUGGAGUCUCGCAGGGUGGAGGGCCAGGAUCUGCCCGUCCUCACACUGGCUCCCUGUAUAGGAACAGAGGGGGUCCCCGCCAUCAACCAGGAGUGGGUGUACACUCACGGGCAGCAGAUCCGACAGCAGCAGCACUGUCUGUCACUGUCCACCACCUUCCCUGCCUCCCAGGUCCUCCUGCUGCCCUGCAACAUGGCGGAUGGCAAGCAGCGGUGGCAGAAGUCGGGGACACACCUGGAGCACCUCGUCUCUCGGUUCUGUCUGGACUCGGAGAUGGCUCUGGACGGGAUGGACUCCUCUCGGAUGCUGGUCAUCAGCCCGUGCGAACUGAGCGCGUACACACAGAGGUGGGAGGUCCCCUUCUCCUGACCCCGUGACCUUUUACCCCCCAGAGAACCUGCCCCGUCACCCAUCACAGCCUCAAAGACCUGGGCAGAGACAGCUGCUCUGACAGAGUGAAGAUGCAUGAGCCCGUCACGUCGAGGAGCUGGCAGCGACGGCAGCUGGAUGGAAAAGCUUAAAGACUUCUCGGUGCCUCUUCACUGUUCAUCAUGAGAAGAAAUCAAGUGUGCGUCUGGCAGGCCUGGAUCCAAACAUCACUGAAGGAAGAGACACGUCAGGAAUGUCUGGUUGGUUGAAGGUGUGUCUGUUUGAGGCAGAUGAGAAGCUUCGGGAGAAGAGUUGAACCAAGUGCACCUUAAAAGAUUUGGGUUCAGAAACUUUGCACGAGAAAUGAAUGCAGUGAUGGAAUGGAAAGUGUCUGUUUUCAAGCACAACUUGAGCUUUUUCAGUUUACUUUGUCAAAUAUUCACACAUUUCACCGUCUUUACUGCUGCAGAAACGCCAGGGUCACAGUUUCAAAUAACAAAUCCAUUCUUCUCUUUAAUUUUUGGGGUGAACUGUCCCUUUAAAUCUUUAAACUUUGAUCUGUCUCACCAAGCAGGAUCGUCCAAUUAGCUGGAUGACUGCACAGAGUAAAACCCAAAAUCUGGAACCUUACUUUAAUAAGUACUGAAUUCUGUUUUAACAUAGCUGCCCUGCUUUGUGAGACAGACCAACAGAUUUCUUUGCACCAAAAGAGGAUAAGAGGAUGACAGAACCAAAAUAUAACACUGGUAAAUCUGGAUUUGUCUAAAUCAAGUCCCUAGUCUUUACUGUUAGGAUAGUUUCUCUUAAAAUGAUGUGGUUAUCUAAUGUCUGCCUGGAAAAAUCUACAUUUAGUGACUAGAAUAUGCAGCUGAGUCAUUUUGAUGCUUGCAGGCUGUUUAUAUGACCAUAUCUUCCCCCUGACAACUGAAGCAUGGAGGACAACUAAAGCAACUCAAUCACCAGAAUAAAUGUUGGCAUUGUAUGCUUCUGCAACCCAGGUAUAUGUUUAAGCUUCGAGUAAGAUCUGGUCAGGUUUAGACACAAAAAAACACUUUGUCCGGUUUUGGAAAAGAUCAUGCUUUGGUGUAAAAAAACAUCCUAGUUUCAUCACCAAAUGAGCAGCUGGAAAAUGCCCCAGUGUCUCCCUGAAAAACACGCCCUUUUUUGCAAGAAGGAAGGCAGCAGAAAGUUUAGGGGAAGCGAUGCCACUCCCUCCUCCCCAUGUAAUCUGAAGGAAGUCUGAUAAACAGCCGUAUAAAUGUUGAUAUGAUACAUAUGAAUCCUACACAUUUAACACAUCUGCGGUUUGCCAAAUUGUACAAUGCCAACGUUUCAUUCUGGCUGCUGAGCUGAGGAAAGACACAAAGGAGAUCAAGACCGAGGAGGUGGCGCUGAAGCAGAAUCGUAGAAGAAGUUAGCACUGAGUUCUGACUAAGCUACUGAGUAAAACACAAAAUAUGGAGGGAAUCUGAAUCAGAAAGAAAAGGGCUACGGUUGUACAUAGAGACAAACGCACAAUGAAGAGACACAAAGAGAGCAGCAUGUACGCAGCACGUCGGGGCGGGUCGAUCAGCAGAUUUCUGCAGCGUUUUGCCUCGAGGAUGCAGCUGCUUCACGCUGCACGCUCCCCCGUGAAGUUCCGCUGUGCAUGUGAGAAGUUUUCUACACAAGCUUUGUUUUGUUUCCACAUUUAUCAGACCGAGGGAAAACCUUUACUCACAAUCGCUCGAAAUGCCCUUACGACCCAUCACCAUAAAUGUUGGCGCCAUAUGUUUCUGCAAAACCACAGACUUACAGUCAUGGACGAUAUGUAGUGGCACCCCUGGAACUUUUCCAGAAAAUGCACCAUUUCUCCCAGAAAAGUGUUGCAAUUACAAAUGUUUUGGUAUACACAUAGUAAUGUUGAGAUCUUUCCAUAGGUGUGGGAUUUAGAUCCGGAUUCAUUGCUGGCCACUUCAGAGUUCUCCAGCGCUUUGUCUCCAACCAUUUCUGGGUGCUUUGUGAGGUAUGUUGUGGUCAUUAUCCUGCUGGAACACCAUGACCUCUGACACAGACCCAGCUUUCUGACACUAGGCCCUACAUUAUGGGCCAAACCCUUUUGAUAGUCUCCAGAUUUCAUGAUUCCUUGCACACAAUCAAUGCAGUGCCUGAGGCAGCAAAACAACUCUCAAACAUCUUUGAACUUUCACCAUAUCUGACUGUAGUUACCGUGUUCUUUACUUUGUGGGCCUCAUUACAUUUUCUGUUAUCAGUAAAAUGAUGUGCUUCACUAAAAAGCUCUACCUUAGUUUCAUCUGUCCACAAGACAUUUUUCCCAGAAGCACUGAGGCUUACUCAGGUAUGUUCUUGUCAACUUUUUUUGCCUCUGUGUCAGAAGUGGGGUUCUCGUCUGUGUCCUGCUAUAGCGCUUCAUCUCAUUCAGACAGCCUGAAUUUGUGUGGAAGCUGACUGAGGUUGUUUAUCCACCCUUCAAACUAUCCUGCGUUGCAUUCUUUCAUCAAUUUUUCUCUUCCGUCCACUUCCAGGGAGAUUUGCCGCAGUUCUAUGGGUUAUAAACUUCUUGAUUAUAUUGCGCACAGUUGGCAAAGGAACUUUAAUAUCUCUGGAGAUUGACUUGUGACCUUGAGAUUGUUGAUAUUUUUCCACAAUUUUGCUUCUUAAGUCCUCAGACAAUUCUUGGCUCUUCUUUCUCUUCUCCAUGCUUGGUGUGGCACACAACACAAAGGCUAACCAUGUGUAUAACAUAACAUUUGUACGGUAAUUGCAACACUUUUCUGGGAGAAAAGGUGCAUUUUCUGGAAAAGUUCCAGGGGUGCCAAUACCUGUGUCCAUGACUGUAUGUUUAUGUUUCAACUUUCAAGUUUUUUAUUCUAAAUUUUGUGCUCAUGUUCCGGUUAGGUUCUGCCACAAAAAACAAUUGGCUAGGAAAACAUUAUGUUUUGGUUUGAAAUAACAAGUUUUGUUGACACCCACCAUGACAUAAAGGACAGCUCAUAAACAUUUAAUGGGAACAUGUUAUGAGACAAAAAUGCAGAUUUGUACAAAGUUGAAAGUAUCUGUGGUUUUCAGAAAAAAGAAAAAAGAACAUGUUGUUCUAGCGACGGUGUUAUCAUGGCAUCAUUCACAUUUCUUGAGGAAGUUUUGAGGAUUUACAAAAGUCAUUUUGCUAUUUGGGGGGGGGGGGGGGUCUAUUUUCAACACAGUUUCCACUCUUGCAGCUCUUUUACAAUCUGGAGUCAUAGCUUACCAAACGUUUUUUUUUUUUUUUUUUUUUGCUCACAUAGCUGAGAUGGUUUUAAGAUCGGAGCACAUUGUUGGGACGUUGUUUGACGGACAAACUGCAGCUGCUGUGCCGACGAAACCUGUGACCCUGCGGUCACGUGACAGUCUUGUUCGGUUUUUCAUUUCAAAUUCCAACAGAGUCAAAACACAACUCGAGUGAACUGCUGACUGACAUAUGUUCAAGACAUCUCCUCUGCACAGGAAGCCGUGGCGUGGAAGCCAGUUUUGUUUUUUCAAAUUAUGGAUUUCUAAUUUUGGAGACAAAUUAAUUUCAAGUUGUGUCCCACUCUCCUGUUUCAUCAUCAUUUUGAUAUCCUGUUUCACUCCUGAAUAAAGGUUUUAUAACGG